ACAUUAACAGAAGAAGUUGGGCGACGUCACGAGUCUCAAAUGAUCGAGGAAGCGAUCACUUCAAAAGUGGACUCGCGUUGAUUUCCAAGCGGACGUUCCAGUGGACAAGUGAAUCCGACGCUCGCAAAUAAACAGUGACGAGACGUGGCCACUGAAAUUGCAGGCCGACCGGUGGUGGUCAACGCGGUCAUGAACGUGAACUUGAAAAGCAAGAAGCGCGCGGUCCUGCCCAGCAGACCCUCUCCGCCCAGCGUGGACCGCAUCAUGGAGGACGUCGGCGGCGCCGAGCCCGACGACCCGGUCUUCGCCAUCCUGCAACAACCCCAACAUCGUGAGGCCUCGCCACGACACGCUGGCGAGACGGGGGAGGCGGAGCGCACCUUCCAGCAAUGCCGGCGUCACGCGGACGUAAAGCAUCAGCUGCAGGAGGUGGGGGCGGUCCUUACGCGCCAGCGGGACCACCUCCGAGCGGCGGGCCAGCGACUGGACCGCCACCUGGCGGAAGUCAAAGGUGGACUUUGCUGACCGCGCCGGGAGCCGCAGAGUCAACCUUGCACGUCGUCGUGACUGCAGAAG